AUGUUCGAUGCUACGGAAAAAGUGCAGAUCAAUUCAGGAAACAUCUCAGCCAAUGGUGAUCAAAAAAGGAUGACGGAUAAGAGUAAAGCGAUUAGCUACCAAUCAAAUGGACCACAAACACACAUCAACACCAAUUAUCCAGGAUAUAGCGGACACACACCUUCAACAAAAGAAUCCAAUUCUGAAAGUACCGUUUAUGUAUGGACAUUGGCUUUCUUUGCUGCCAUUGGGGGUUUUCUGUUUGGCUACGACACUGGAGUAGUGUCUGGGGCAAUGCUUCUGAUAAAAAAGGAAUUCGGUCUGUCGUCACUCUGGCAAGAGCUUAUAGUCAGUAUUACCAUAGGCGGCGCCUUUCUGGCAGCUCUAGUGGGAGGGUUCCUGAAUGACUUGAUAGGUAGAAAGAAAAUGACAAUCGUGGCAAGUUUUGUGUGUUUUGCAUCAAUGACAGUACCUGUUUACAUUGCCGAAAGCGCCCCCUUUCAUCUGCGUGGUCGCCUAGUAACAAUAAACAACAUGUUCAUAACGGGAGGUCAGCUGGUGGCUAGCCUUGUGGACGGAGCCUUCAGUUACAUGGAACACAAUGGAUGGAGGUACAUGCUCGGACUGGCUGCAGUCCCCUCCGUUGUUCAAUUGAUAGGCUUCAUCUUUCUACCGGAAAGCCCGAGAUGGCUAAUGAAGAAAGGGCUAGAACAGCGGGCCAGGAAUGUCCUAGUCAAAAUGAGAGGUACUACCGACGUUGAAGAGGAGAUGGAUGAAAUGAAGAUCGAAUUUGAACAGGAAAAAGCUAACGUCAAUAAAAAUGGUAUCGUAUUCAUUAGAAUACUGAAGACACCGCCAGUACGAAGGGCCCUUAUCGUUGGAUGCAGCCUACAACUGUUUCAACAGCUCUGUGGCAUCAACACUGUCAUGUACUACAGCGCCACUAUAAUCAAGAUGGCCGGCAUAAAUAACGACACAACGGCGAUUUGGCUAGCAGCGCUCACAGCGGGCAUCAACUUCCUCUUUACCUUGGUCGGUGUCUGGUUGGUUGAACGAUUGGGUCGAAGGAAACUCCUUCUCCUUAGCUUGUUUGGCACGAUGCUGAGUUUAGUUGUCCUGGCAGUAUCAUUUCAGCUGGCAGCUUUCAACUCUCCAGAAAUAACUACGUUCGAUCAUUCAACCAAUGCCACAGAAUGUUCAUCGUACAGGUGGUGCGAAGACUGCAUAGAAAACUCUGGUUGUGGGUUUUGUUUUACUGGUAGUGUUGGCUCUACAAAUGGGUCAUGUCUGGUCGUUGAUCCGGCAGACGACGAAAGAUCCAAGGAUGGUACAUGUGGGAACGCUACACUUCCCGCAGGUUUCACCUGGUCACAUAACUAUUGUCCCACAUCGUACUCCUGGAUGGCCAUACUCGGACUUGCACUUUACCUCAUGUGUUUUGCUCCAGGGAUGGGUCCUAUGCCGUGGACAAUCAACUCGGAGAUCCACCCUCUGUGGGCCAGGUCCACGGGCAACGCGCUGUCUGCAGCAACUAACUGGGUGUUUAACCUUUUGGUGUCCAUGACCUUUCUCACCAUGACAGAGACGAUUACUAAAUACGGUACCUACUGGCUGUUUGUGGGGAUCUCUGUGGUGGGACUGGUGUUUUUUCUAGUGUUUUUACCAGAAACCAAGGGAAGCAAACUGGAAGAUGUAGAAGAGCUGUUCUCUCGCCCCUGGUCCAGCUGCUGCUCCACUUCAGAGGAUGUAUCUGUUGCAGAAAAGUCGACGAGCAAACCCAUUUCUGAAAAAUUCUAA